AUGGUCGAUGGGAAUAUACCAGAUCCAGAAGCGCGGCGGCGGCGCCGCGCGAUUGCGGCCGCGGUGCCUGCGAAGUACCCGCUCGCCACCGCCAACAGCUACGAGAACUACCGCUCCAGCGAGACCAGACCCGCGGCCGACAUAGUCAAGUGGGAGAUCGUGGAGAUCCGAGGAACGAGGACAAAUCAGCAGCGCUCUUAUGAGGACCAUCAGCACCCCUGCGAGGACCAGCGGCGUUCCUAUGAGGACCAGUGGCGCUACAACCAGAUGCGUUCCUACGAGGACCGGCGGCGCCCCUACGAGGACCAGCAGCGCCCCUACGAGGACCAGCGGCGCUCCUACGAGGACAAGCGGCACUACAACGGGAACCAGAAGCGCUCCUACGAGGACCGGCGGCGACCCUACGAAGACCAGCGGCGCUACAACGGGAACCAGAAGCGCUCCUACGAGGACGAGCGGCGACUUCCUUGCAAAGACCAGCAGCGUCUCUACGAGAACCGGCUGCGCUGCGACGGGGACCAGCAGCGCUCGUGCCAGGACCAGUUGCGCUCCUACGAGGACCAUUGGCGCUCCUACGAGGACCAGCUGACCCCGUGCGAGGACCAGCGGACUUCCUACGAGGACCAGAAGUCCUCCAACCAGGGGAGGCCUUGGUCCGCUUCGACCUCGGCCGCGAAGUCUUACGAAUCGUCCGAGGCGGGGCGCCAGGCAGAGGCCCCGCUCCCCUGCGAGGCGGAGGCCGGUCGGCCGGAUCGCGAGCUUCGCAUCCACAUCGAUGCCAGCCAGGCAGACCCGGAUUUUGCGUGGUGGGCACGAGUAUUUCGCAAGCGCAACCAGCGCGCAUAUUGCAUUUGGAAGAUGGCAGGGGUGCAAGCACAGUUGGCCCCUCUGCGUCCCGCGGUUCCGAACACUAUCCUGGAAGAGGCCUUCGACAAGGCCGCCCCCAUCGCCUACGACCUCAUCGCCCGCAACUCCAAGGACAGGUUCCCUCCCGUGGACAUGUCGCUGGUGAAGCAGGUCCGUGCGAAGUACGGCUGUUCAGUAAACGACGCCCUCAUGGCGGCGCUGGCUGGGGCCCUGCGCCGCUUCGACGCCGACGAGCUCGGCGACCAGAGGCUGAAGGGCGCCCCGUCCAAGCUCGAGUUCAAGGCUCUGAUGAUGAUCGGGCUGCCCCGCGCCGUCGACGCCGCGGAUCUGGCCGGCUCGAUCAGCAACAGGCACCUCUACGCCAGCUGCCCGCUGCCCAUUGACGAGCCCGAGCCUGAGCGCCGCGUGGACGAGGUCAUGCGGGCGACCAGCGUCCUCAGGUCGAUGCCUUACGUGGCCGGCCUGACGUGCUUCACAGACGUGGUGACCAAGUCGCUCCCCCCCUCCGUGCUGCGGAAGGCCGUCGCCGAGACGUUCUCCAGGCACUCGCUCCUCGUCACCUGCGUCCCGGGGACCACGGUGCCGAUUUCCUCCGGCUCGUCUUCCUCCUCGUCGUCAUCGCUGUCGUCCUCGUCGCCGUCAUUUUCCUCCUCAUCCUCCUCCUCCCUCCUCCUCCCUCCUCCUCCUCCUCCUCCUCCUCCUCCUCCUCCUCCUCCUCCUCCUCCUCCUCCUCCCCCACUAGGGUAUUGA